AUGAGGUGUGGCAGUCUUUACCCUCAUUCAGCAAGUUCUACAUGGGCUCCCAGGAUCCCACACGCCACUCUGUGCAAAAGCGGUGAGACCCUCACUGAUGGCAUUCGAAGCCACUGCUUUCCGGCUACUAGCCCUGCUUCUUGUUUUCCGUCUCGCUCUCGCAACACCCCUAGACGACGAUCCCGCUUCCCAUCCCCCCCGCCGACGCACUGCCACUAA